CUGCUUUGUGUGGUGUGUGGUUUUGCUUUCGCUCAGGGAAACGCUCGUGGGAAACGUUCCUGAACGGGAAAAACGAAGUAAAAUAUGGAGAUUAGCAAAACGAUUGGAAUUGCUGCCGGUGUCGCGGGCACGCUGUUCCUCGGCUAUUGCAUAUACUUCGACCACAAGCGCAGGAAGGAUCCGGAUUUUAAGAAAAAAUUGCGCGAAAGACGAAAGGCCAAAAAGGCCGCAGCAUCGGCAGGGCCAAGGACAACAAUCCCGAACCUGACAGAUCACGAAGAAGUGCAGAGAUUCUUCCUGCAGGAGAUCCAAACUGGCGAAUCGCUCAUUGCGACAGGUGAUAUCGAGAAUGGCGUGGAACAUUUGGCUAAUGCAAUUAUCGUUUGUGGUCAGCCAACGCAACUGCUACAGGUCCUCCAGCAAACGCUGCCAGCCCAGGUAUUCGCGCUGCUUAUCACGCGCAUGCGACAGUACGGCAAUCAGUCGAGCGAGAACGAGCGGACCAAGCUUCAGGACAUGAAUGAUGAUCUGGAGUAAGGAAAAAGAUCCCGCCCAUCACCACCUCCACCACCCAGUCUAGAUAAUGGGCUCUGGUAGUAGUUAAGAUCGUCAAAAAAAAAAGAGAAACGAGAAUGGGCCACCGAGU